GAUCAAUCACGACUACCCGUUUUUGGCACUGGAGUAAACAAAGUAUCUCUUGUGGAUCUUGCUUUCGGUGCAUGUCCCCUGUCAAAGCAGCGAAUUUUAAAAUCAUCAAUUAAGGUUCAUGACCUUAAGCUUAGUCGCCAAGUCUUGCUUACUUGUGUCUAUCAUACGCCGGCCAAACGUGUUCGCACUACUAAUUCCGUUUCGUUUGCCAGAAGCCCAUCAGAGAACAUAAAUGCGUUCAACACUUGGUCCAAUAGCGUAUGUAAUCCAAGUGAUGAUUAUACGCAUGUCCUAACGAGUGAAGGAUGGGUUGAAAAUUUGCUGAUGAAUCAGCACCUUGUGCAGGCUGGCUGCGGUUUGAGUCGUCAUUUCUGCGAAGAUUCUCGGCUUCUAACCAACUCGGGUACGGUCCUAUCCACAACAAUUAUCUUCGGCAGUGGCGGUGGUGGCGGCCUACAACAACAACAGCAUCGGGAUCGUCUUCUCGCGCUGCUCUAUCUUAGUUCAUACUUCCUCCGCCCCCCUCAUAUCCUCCUUCGAGCUCAUGAACAACUUCCAGACCUAGGCCUCGCUGAUCUCUACGACCUGGAACAGCGAAAGCGGAAGCGACACCGUGGAAGCGGCAAUUACCGUCGUAAAUCAAGUAGUCAGGUGAGUACAUCUGUUUUGGCGGCUCAACGUAGUGGAGUUGUGGAGACUCAUGAUUCGGGCAUCGCCUCACAGGAGGACCUUAGUGCCACCGUACUCCAAAGUCUUCAACAAUACUCUGCCAGCGCUGGUUCGAGCCCCAGUCACCCACCUGUUGGCGCCUCCGCCAUAUGCCUACCCGGUCGUCUGACCCACGAACAGUGCCGCCUUGCUGAGGCCGCAGCACAGGCACUGGUCUCGCGCGAACGCGCCGCUGCGAAACAGCUUCAGCAAAACCAACUACCUAUAUCCCAACAACCGCCACCAACUACGUCUCUGUAUGCAGAUCCGCCGGCUUUAUCAACGCAUCGAGAGCAUACGUGGACUGUGGGCAUGACUGGGCGGAAUCGCAACGUGGUUUCAAAUCUGCUCACCGGCGUGGCUUCAGGGGGCAGUGGAGAGCUCAGUGGUGCUCUUCCCCACUCCUCCCUCGCCCCAAACAUGACCUCGGCGUCGGCCUCUACAGGCGCGCCCAGCGUCAGUUCGUCGAUCUCACCAACAUCAACCCUCGCCAAUAACAGCAAUGAACUCACAGAAAUCCCCCUUCUAAUUGAAAAGUGGUAUGACAACGAAUGGGACAGUUGUUGGUGUCUCGGAGAAGGAAUCGGCCCGUCCGUACUGGGCAGGAAUUACCGGAGUGGCGGGAACGCCGGGUGCAGAAUGAGCCCAACCUCACUUAGGAGUGGCGAUGUGACCGUGCACUAUGGGUCGUCCGUGGAACAUUAUUCCUUGAUGGAUAAUGACGACUCAGUGGAAGUGGGUACCGUCUGUCACGCCGAUAUGGAGGCUUCGGAUGACACAACUCAGAAUAGUACUGGCGGUGGAGGUGGCAGCGGAGGUCCAGAGCUUACCCUACAUACCCCGAUUGGCGCCUCCGUCCUAGAGCACUACACCAGUGGACUUGCGCUACAGGCGACCACGGAGUCGGCUGUGGCAUUUCGCACGCGGCUGGUGGCAGACCUCACCGCCUGGCUGCACUUCGCUCCCGCCCUCCUCCAACGAGCCGUAGCUCCACCGCCGAUCUUCAGACCGAGCUCUCACACUCACCUGCCAACAUCCUCGGAGCACCAGCAGAACGCCUUCAGGUGCUCUGCCCUUCUUGUCAAUGUCGAUGCUUCCACUGUAGAGCUAUUAACCGUGCGAAGUAGUGUGAAUACUGCUGCAACCAACACAAGCAGUCGAACGUCGACCUCACCAUUUGAUUCCGUCGCAUCAUCUUCCCGACGUGCCACAGCUUCCAACCUCCGGUCAUUCUCACCGACUAGCACCAGAAUCAAGUCCGGUAGGACCGAGGUUAAUCGGAAGUCAUCAGUAACGUCUGAUUCAGACCACUCAGUCGAUGAAGAAAGUGAAGGGACACCAACAAGCCAUUCACGAAUUCUAACACCCUCACCAUUGAUAAUAAGCCUGCUGGAGUCAGUCAAAUUUGUUUACGAGAAGUCUGGGGGUUGCUCCAGUAUUGCACUCCGGCACCUUGAAAGCGGACUGCAGAGCCUCUGUACUCAAGGCUGCAUGCUUGCCGACUUACUGGUGCCCUCCAUUACUUCACCCGACGGUGGUGUGGAUGUACCACUCAUUCUUAAGCAACGUCCAGAGGCUGUGGCCAGUAUUCUUGGGUGUCACCGCGCUGACCUUCCCCUAUUGCUGACUAUUGCAAGCUCACUAUCAUGCAAAGCAGCAGCCGCAAUAGAAACAUACGAACUUGAUCAAAUUUGGUGA